UCGAUCGAGUAUAACAUAAUACAAAUAUAUUUGUUCAUCAUUAAUUUGACUUAAUAAAAAAAAAGUAGUAUCAGAAAUGUGGCACCAGAAAUGUAUAAUAUUUUACAUCGAACUGAUUUGUAAUAUGAAACUCAUAUAUUGUGUACUAACUACCUUGUUCAGAAUGAAUUAAAUUCAGUAAAAUUAUAGUUUGCAACAAGCCCAGUCUCUCGAUCGUCCAGCACCGUGUGAAUCGAUCGAGAGAUCCGGAAUCGGAUCCACCAACUAUUGUGUGAUUACAAAAUGGUCAAGCGAAAUGGCUUCCUCCAAGAAAAAAGAAACUUGGAUUAGGAGUUUCAACGUCACCGAGCCUACAAAACACGAAAAAGGUUUCACGGUGUAUAAAGUUACCUACAGGGCAUUCAGAUUGGAUAAAGCAGAGGAAGUGAUUGAGGUUGCUGUGUGGAAGCGGUAUAAUGACUUCAAGAAACUCCACCAAGCUCUUUCGCUUCUCCACUACCAUCUACGUAGACCAGAAAAAUUUCCAGAUUUUGCAAAGGCUCGUUUCUUUGGGAGAUUUGAUGAGAAGACCAUUGAAGAAAGAAGGCAAAGUGCCCUGAGACUUUUAGAGUUCACUGUGAAAGUACCUCCUCUUGCUAAGUCAACCCACUUUGUUGAAUUUUUCAAGGGAGGAGAGACUGUGACCAGGAGAAAAGUGUCAUCUGAAAACCCAAUCCUAAAACCUCAAGUUGCAAACCCUAAAUCUGACAAUGGAAGCUUCCCCAAUCAACCUCGUAGUAGUAGAGCUAUGGCAGCUUCCAUUCCUAGAAUGGAGGGGGAGGGUGAGGAGAAUCAGGGAGGGGCAUCUCAAACUCAAUCUCUUGCCACGUCAGGGAAUGAACUGGGAGGGGUCUGGCUACAUCGUCAGCAGGAGGAUGAAGAACAAAAAGGGGAGGAUUCAGAAGGAGGAGAAGGAUACGAUGACAGUGAGGAUGAAAGGACAACAUUUAGCGAAGACUCUAUGCCCAGUACACCUCUUCCACAGCUAGAAGAAUUGACAUUCUUUGAUCCACUUUCACCAUCUGAACCUGGGAGCACAGAGCCUGGUACACUACCACACUCCAACAGCUGGCUCUUUCAUGCUAUGGAUAUAUGUGCUGAACUCAACCGAGAUUCUCCUGAACCUUCAUCCAACUCUCAAGAUGAUCCUACCCCAGCAAGCAGCAUUGUUACCGGUGACUCGACCGACAGUGGAAUCACAGUCACCGUACCCCCGUCACUGCAGUCGUAUUCCUCCGAUUCUGCCAUUUCCUCUGUUUCCUCCUCUGGUGGUAUGACUGCGAACCGCAACAGCCACAACUCCCUUGCCAGGGCGUACCUGAACUCACUCCGUGCCCAGCAGGCUGCUGAAGAAGAUGCCAAUUCCACCGGUAUCACUGACAGUCGAAGCGUUGCCGCAGGUGAACGCAGCCGCCAUGUUUCCGAUGAUAGCAUCUCCAAGUGGAAUGUUAGUGGAGAGGAUGACUAUCUGUAUCAAGCCGCUGGUAAAAUCAGUUUGGCCCUGGAUAAUCAGAGCGUUGGCAACUAUCAGGCUUCCUUUGAUGCGUACAAAGCUGGUGUAGCUAUAUUGCUGAAUGGAGUUGUCGCUGACAAAAGCAAGACAAGAAGAGAGGCUGUUAGGCGGAAGACUGCUCAAUAUCUAAUGAAGGCUGAAGACAUCUACAACAAAUAUUUAUCAGUAGAAGCAUCUAAUGCAAGAAGAUGGGAGUCUGAGAAGAUGGCAAUGGAAGUGGAUGCCUCCUCUGCACAUCUACGUGGAAACAUUGAUGAGCUGAAAUCCUACAAGGUUCUUGGUUGCAUUGAUUCUGUUCUUCUUGUCCUUGAUAUGUCAACUUACCAAACAUUCAUCAUGAAAUCCCUCAGCAAGUGCAGUGUACCCAACACCAAGAUGAUAACUAGAGUGCCUGCCUUCUGUCCGUACAUGGUGAGGCUUUAUCGCUACUUUGAGACAGAGAGCUCGAUCUUUCUCUUGCUUGAGCAUGCCACUGGUGGGAAGCUCUGGAACUAUGCAAGUCCUUAUCUCAAGCAGCAAAAAGAAGCAACUGGGAGGCAUGAGCUUGCUAACAGCUUGAAGAGUAGCACUCUCAGUCGACAGUCCCAGCGUUCCAGGUCAGGGAGUACACGAAGCGGAAGAGGGUUGAAGGAUGAUGUCUUCAGUCCGGCAGAAGCUGUUGAGGAAGCCACCACUCAGGUGGAGGAUACAUCUGAUACAAGUCGUGAUCCAGAUGCCCAUGCUGAUGCUGCCUCGGUUGGUAGUAUAGAAGGGAAGCUUGUACCUUCACCAGCAGUUUCUGGUAGCUAUGUGAACUUACUUGAUGCAUGUGGGGAAUAUGUAACUGGUGGGGAACACUUGGGAGAUGGUGAGACCAUCCCACAUAAGAGGUUGUCUGAUUCAAAUUUGAAUGAUCUAGUUUCUCAGAGUUCAAACUAUGACGAAUGUGUUGACAACGCUCGAACAGAGCAAGAUGACAGUCUAUUUCUAAGUGACACUAAUGAGGAGACUGAGAUGUUUAGUCACGGUGAAGUCUUUGGAUCCACACCUUGUAAAGUAGUCUUGCCUGAUGCGAAAGAAAGUAUGUCAAGUGCUCCACCUGCAUCAAUGGCUUUAUUUAGCAUCGACAGCAUAGAAAGCCCUAAUGAAUACAGCAUGGGUGAGAUAGGUGAUUCAUCAGUUUUUGGUUUUGAAUCUUCUACAAGUGGACCUCCAAUAGAUGCUGUUCCUGUUGAAGCUGGAUCAGUUGACCUUGAAGUGAAGUCUGAGACAGAGAAACUGGACCUUGAUCCUGCCAGAGUUAUUGCUGAGGCACUAGCUGUUGUCCAAGAAGUUGAACAGAUGCGCAAAGAAGAAGCUGAUAUAGAUAAUUCAAUUUCAAAUCAAGUGCUCAAACAAGAAAAUGUGGUCGAUUUCUUAGAGAACAGUAAUAUCAUCCAGGAAAUUGUAACUGAUAAAGAAUCAACUUCUGAAAUGCCCAAUGCUGGUGCUAUGGAGAGCUCUCAGGCUUUCUUGGACACCAGGGCCUUUGGAGUAUUCAGCGAGGAAGAGACGGUACCCGGUGUCGAUCUAGCUGAUUUCUUUGAUUCUGGCUCGCCAAAGAAGAGGAGCCAGUCAUUAUCUGAAAAACCCAGCAGACAUGACUCAAAAGACAGUUUUAGCAAUAAUUCUCGCCCUCCAUUCAUGCAACAGUCCAGCAUGAUGGAAUUUCGGAUGAAUGAACCUUUAGGAAAGCACUCUCUGAUCAGAGACACAAAACGAACAGUGUCCAUGGGUGCAGAUACUCGCUCUCAGGAAGAGAACGUCUGGGAUUCAUUCUUUGACGGAGGCACUCCAGACACAAAAGGGUUUGGCUUUGAUACCAGUACAGGUCCAAAAGUAGUUGAGAGUAGAUCUUUAGUUACAGGCUUUCAGGAAACUGCUGAGCAUGUUGCCCCUGAUAUUUUGAAUUUACCAGAUGUGCCAAAAGAGAUUCCAAGAGAUUCUGAGAAUGAAGACAACGGUUUUGGCGGUGUGUUUGAUGUGAAGGAUGAUCAUAAUGUGGCUGAUAGUGGGGAUGCUGAUAUUUACAUUCUUGGAGACAAUAGAUUAGACUUGAGUUCAGGAGACCAAGCUGAAGCGGAUGCCCUUGCACAGCCAAGACAAAACCCUGAUGGAGCUUCUUCAGAGGAAAUUGAGAAAGAAAUGCAAAUUGCAAAGACAGAAGGAAAUGCUUCAAAUGAUAACCAAAAGGACAUGAAUUUACACAUUAAUCCAUUUGAUAAUGACAAACAGCUGAUUAUAACCAGUAGGAAAGAUUCAAAUUCUUCUACAGCAUAUGUGAGUGUUGAUCCAUCAGAUGCUAAUUUACCCUCCUCAGGUGUGAUGAGGGACUUUCCCAGUUCGUCCACAGUUUCUGCACAGUCAACCCCCCAACAUACUUUCCAACCAAUAAACUCAAAUCCAGAGAUUGCACCUCCAUACAAUAAAGUUGUAACAGCCCCUGUUGUUCCAAGUAGUAUACCAGCAGUGUCAACAGAUUCUUCUAAUGUACUAUGCCACAGUGGGGAAGCAGUAGAAGACAACAUAUAUGGUGAAGAGAAUGGACUGGUCGGAGAAGCAAACACAACCCCCACAAAUUCAAGGACAUCCACUCUUAAGGGGGAUACUUUACACAUGAAAGACACUUCUUUGCCUUCGCUCUCAAGAUUGUUUUCUCAUCUGGAUGAUAUGAGGAGAUCUAGAGCAGAGAGCAGUUCUGCUACCCUGCCUGAGUCCUGUGUACGCAUCUGGGCAUCUGAGAUACUUGUUGCUUUGGCCACGCUUCAUGCUGCUGGCAUCACAUGCAGAGACCUUAAUCCAGACAACAUCCUCCUAGCGGAAGGUGGUCACGUCCGACUGACUUACUUCAGUCAGUGGAAGUGGGUGUGUCAGGAGAUGAAUCCCAAGGCUCAGAUCAACAUGUUCACAGCUCCUGAGGCAACGGGUAUCUUCGGGGUUGGACCGGCAUGUGAUUGGUGGAGCUAUGGGGUCAUCUUGUUUGAAUUACUCACUGGACAGUCUUUAUACAGCUGCCAUCCUAGUGGGAUCAAUAGUCAUACACAACUUUUCAUUCCUGAUCACAUCUCACCAGAAGCUAAAAACCUUCUCACACAGCUAUUACAGGUGAAUCCUCUGGAGCGUCUAGGUGGAGGUCAGUCUGGGGCUGAUGAGGUCAAAGUUCACCCUUUCUUUAAAGGGGUCAACUGGUCUAAUCUCCUAGGCUGAAGGGUUGUGGGGUUAUCAUAGAGCUUUCAUGUAUGGAGUGUGGCUAGGAGCUACCCUCUCAGAGUGUCUUGAUGGAUGUCGUCAAGUGUUGAUGAGGUCAAAGAUCUACUCAUUAUUAAAAGUCACCUAGCUAGGCUGAAUUAUUAUAAUAAGGUUAUGAUGUUUGACAUUUACACAUAUCUGAGAUUAUGGUCUCUGUAACUGUGUCUUAACUUUGAUUGUUGCAGAUAUAGUACUAAACUUUGAAUUGAUCAUUAAAACUGAACCUUUGAGCAUUGGGUCAUUUAUAUCAGACAAAGCUGAUAUUGAGAUGAAAUGGACAUAGUUCUUGAUUGGUGAAAGUGUAAUGUGCAAUUGGAAUAAUGACAAGUUGAGUUGCAGUUAGACAAAUAAACGGGUAGCAGAUAUAAAGGGAUAAUACCAUGAGGGAUGAGACAAAAGAGGCAUUAAACCAAUGCAAUCCACCCUUUAGUGAUAUCGUCAGU